AUGAAUGACAACAACAACAAAAAGCUUAGAUUUCCAAGAAAACUGCCACGAAUAGGUGCCGGUUUUGGAUUGAACUGUAUCAAUCCAACACAAGCAGCUAUGCAUGGAAUUCAGUUGCCAAUGUCAACACAUGCCGGCUCUAGAAGGAAACGACGGGUACUGUUUUCGCAGAAUCAGGUAAAUGCGUUGGAGCAAAAAUUUCGUCAGGGCAAAUAUCUGACAGCACCAGAACGCGAAGCAUUGGCUAACAGUAUUGGAUUGUCGGCAACACAGGUGAAAAUAUGGUUUCAAAACCAUCGUUAUAAGUGCAAAAGACAAGAAAAAGAGAAGAAAAUGUUAGAUGGACGGACAAAUGAUGAAAGCGGUUCCAGAUCCCGCUCCCCAACUAAUAGUCCAAGCGAUAAUUUACAUGUUGAAGACAAGAAGUCAGACAGCUCAUUGUUGGCAAAAGAGAUAAAACGGUGUGAAGAUUCGCUUGGUUCUCCGGAUUCCAAUUCUGACCAUCUUUUCAACGUCAGUAAUUUGCCAGAUGUAUCUGAUAUUAAAAACUAUCAACAGGCUAUGUAUCAGCAUAACAAUAUGUAUUCAAGUGGAAUGCAAAACGCUUUUUCGUUCCCGACAUUUGCUCCAACCGGCUACCCGACUCCACAGAAUGCAGCCUAUUACUGUUAUAAUAAAUGA